AUGGCGGACCAAGAGGAGACUUUUGCCCUUCAAAACUCUCCUGGUGGCUCGGAUUCAAGGGAAUUACAGAGCGAUAAUAAAUCAGAGAAACAGAACGGGACCUCAAGCAAAUCCCCGUCAUCACAGACAACUUACAUCCAGCAGGGAAUGGAGGGAAUAAAAGUCUACCUGCACGAGAGGGAACUCUGGACGAAGUUUGACGAGGUGGGGACGGAGAUGAUCAUCACCAAAGCCGGAAGGCGGAUGUUCCCCAGCUUCAAAGUGAAGGUCACAGGAUUAAACCCCAAAACUAAAUAUAUUCUCCUGAUGGAUGUUGUUCCUGCAGACGACCAUCGGUACAAAUUCGCCGAUAAUAAAUGGUCUGUGACUGGGAAGGCAGAGCCCGCCAUGCCCGGCAGGCUCUACGUUCACCCGGACUCUCCCGCCACGGGGGCGCACUGGAUGAGGCAGCUCGUUUCCUUCCAGAAGAUGAAACUGACCAACAACCACCUGGACCCGUUCGGACACAUCAUCCUAAACUCGAUGCACAAAUAUCAGCCGAGGAUCCACAUAGUGAAGGCUGAUGAGAAUAACGGCUUCGGAUCCAAAAACACGGCCUUCUGCACGCACGUCUUCCCAGAGACAGCUUUCAUUGCGGUCACGUCCUAUCAGAACCAUAAGAUAACCCAGUUGAAGAUCGAGAACAAUCCCUUUGCAAAAGGCUUUCGUGGGAGUGAUGAUAUGGAGCUGCAUCGGAUGUCCAGAAUGCAAAGCACCAAGGAGUAUCCAGUAGUGCCUCGCAGCACAGUGCGCCAGAGAGUGGGCUCCAGCCAGAGCCCGUUCAGUGGGGAGGUCCAGGGCAUGGCCACCCCGAGCACCCUGAGCUCCCAGUACUCCCAGUGUGAGAACGGAGUCACCAGCACCUCACAGGACAUGCUGCCCCAGUCGGGCUCCUACCCGCUGCCACACGAGCACGGCCAGGAGUACCACUGCAUCAAGAGGAAAGUGGAAGAUGACUGCCACUCAGGUGAGCACAGCUAUAAGAAGGCCUAUCUGGAGAGCUCGUCCAGCGAGGAGGACCAUUACUACCGUCCUGUUGGCUACGCCCAGAGCCUCGGCCUGGCUGGCGGGCCCUACCGCAGUGAAUCCAGCCAGCGACAGGCCUGCAUGUAUGCCAGCGCCUCACAGGGUGCUGAGCCAGUUCCCAGUUUGGAGGACAUCAGCUGCAACACUUGGGCCAGCGUUUCACCCUAUGGGAGUUGCUCCGUCACCACCAUGCAGCCAAUGGAUCGGCUGCCCUACCAGCACUUCUCGGCUCACUUCACCUCAGGGUCUCUGGUGUCCAGACUUGGCGGGGUCGGGGGCCACGCCUCUCCGCAACUGGGCGACGGCCACCACGCCGCCAUGUACCAGAGCUCCAUGACCCACCAGACUCUGGGCCGCCAGUGCAGUCCUGGGGCUGGGAUCCAGUCGCCAGCAGCUGGCCUACAAGGAAAUGAGUACCUCUAUACGCAUGGUAUCCCACGUACACUAUCGCCACACCAGUACCACACUGUACAUAGUGUCAGCAUUAUGCCAGAGUGGAACGAGAACAGCUAAAAGAGCUUUUUUCACUCAAUGAAUAAAAGUAAAAGGAAGAAACAAAAAAGGACCAAAAUAAGGCAGUGUUAAGAUGAACUUAUAUUUAUAUUUCUAGAGGAUGUGUUGCUGGUCAUCUUAAUGAGAUCAGUGUUGGUUCACUGACAGCAGUGGAUAUUGGUAAGAUGGUGUUGUAGUAGGAAAGCGAGCAUCUUAUCACUUGACUUGUUGUGACAGCAUCUGCACUUAUAAGCAAAUAACACAGACAUGAACGAAGAGGAGCUGGACCAGAACAAACGCAAAGACUGCUCGAGUGCAGAGAAAGUGAACACAGUGGAAAUCCAGACGCUGAACAGAAGAACAAAUGCCUCAGAUGCUUUGCCAGCAGUCCCAAGUUGAUGGUGUUCUCGUGCGGUGGUGUUUUUUUACAUGUCAAAAUACAAAACUCUUGUUUUGUAUUCAUGUCCUGAAUUUGUGUUUAAAAAAACUAAAAAAGAAGAAAAAAAAGACAUUCGUCUAUUUCACAUUAUCCUGAGUUCUCAUUUUCUUUUAAGUUUUUGUAGUUAACAACUUACUUUGUAGUCAAGAUGCUAUAAGUUAAAAAUUAAUAAGCAGAUGGGAGCUUUUGUUGUGGCUCUUUGGUGAAUUUGCUUGCUCUUAAAUCUGUCCUAUUACUGGCUACAUUUACAUGAACGUCGAGAAUUUAAUCCUAAUGCCAUUAUGAGAAACAUGGCAGUUAAAGUCACAAGUAGAACAGCACUUCAAUUAAAUUGUUUAUUCAUUUCAGGCUGACACCCUUUCUCAGUGUUCAAACUUGAAACAGUGUUACAGCCAAGCACCAGUGAGCUGUACAAUAUGAAGCACAACAAUUUAGCCAAUUACAUUAGCUUGAACUUAAAGAAUACAGUUGUAACUAGAUUUUUAACCUGGACCUUAUUUUCCCAGUUUUUGCCAUUCGUGUAGUCCAGUAAAUCCAUGAAAACAUCGCUCAAAUCCUGAAAUCCUUUAACACUGUAA